CAUUCAUAAACGGAUCUGUCAAAACGCGAAUUGUUAUGAAAAUAUUCGUACAAAUUAUUUUUCGAGUUAAUUCUAUUUAAUUAUCAAUUAGCUCUCAAAAUCUUCAUCAAUUAGCUUUCUUAUGAUAUUUUUUAUGUUUUCUCACCUAUAAAAAUAUAAAUAUUAGUUCAAUACACGUGCUACAUAUGUACGUGAUGUCCACGGUUGUUGCGUUUUGUUUUCUUUGGAAAAUUAUUUUAUUCUCUUAAAUUGCCAUGGAAGAGGUGCGGCAGCUCGUCCAAGAGGAAGGCAGGGAGGCGAGGAACCUCGUAGCGUUCCAUGUGGCGGUCGACACGCCGGCCCGCGUGGCGCGUAAGCCCCCGCGCUCGUCAGCGCCGCCACGCCGCGCCGCCCCGCGCCCUUCUACAAGGCUGCGCUCCGCUUCCGCUGGCAGGGACAAGCGCUCUGAACUCAGGGCGCGCUACUGGGCGCUGCUGUUUGGGGACUUACAACGUGCUAUCGGUGAAAUUUACAACACAGUUGAAGCUCACGAGAACUUAAACGAGUGCCAAGAAGUUAUAUUAGUUUUGGAGAAUUACACACGUGAUUUUAAAGCCCUAGGCGAAUGGUUUAGGUUGAAGUGGGAGUACGAUAACACUCCCCCCGCCCCAGAGAGGCCACAGAGUCUAGCAUGGGAGAUAAGAAAGACUGAUUUUGUAAGGCCCGAGUCUCGACGCACGCACUCUGUAAAAAGCUCACCGUCUGUCUCUGGAAAGAAUAGUCCAUGCCUCUCUGGCCACAAUACGCCGAGUGGCAAGAAUAGCCCGAAUUUAACUGGCAAAGCUAGUCCAGGCAGCGGCAAGAUAAGUCCAAGGAUCACCGGUCAUAGCUCUAGUCCUAAAGCGAAUAUCGAAUUCUUUAGUAGCAAAAUUUCAUCCAAAAUUGCCACGAAGCCCGAGCCGAAAAUGGUUAAGGAAACUUCUAGGCUUUCUGAUAUCAAGGAGAAGGAAGUUAAAGAGCUUAUUGAGGAAAAUAGUAUCGAGAAUGAAGUAGAAGUAUUAACUAAUAAUACAAAAACUGAUGACGAGAAAGAUCUGGUGAUCCAAAAUAUUGAAAUUGGCAAAGCCAAAGAGCACGCUAAUGUUUGUCCUAAGCCAGUGAUUAUAAAGUCCCAAAAGCGUAUAAAUCAGGAUACGAAGGCCAAGGAAGAACUAUCGUCGCAAGCCAAAGCGACUAUUGCGAAGCUAGAUGCUAUGGAAAACGAAUUUCUUGCCAACCAACUCAUUGAAAAUGGCAUAAAGAACGACAAUAUGAUCAAUAAUGAUAAGGAAAUUGAUUCAGAGACCAAACGUAUGGUGAACGGAACAGAUAAAAUCAAAGAAGAGAACUUAAACGGAACACACAUGUUUGAAGAUUCUAUUACAACUCCUAAAGAUGUAGAUAAAACACCUGAUUCUGACGAGAAAGGAACUAAUACGGAGAAUUCUCCAGUUAAAUCUGAAGAUAACUUUGCUGAUGUUUCAAAUGAAAGUUCGCCGAAAUCGGAAAAUGAGACUCUGAUAAUUGAAACUAUUACGAAUGGUGAAAAGAUAUCUAACCAUAUUAAAACCCUUAACAAAGGUAAACUUAAGAUCAAGGGUGAGUUAGAAACUAUCAAAAUAUGUGAUGAGAAUUCUAAUGAAAAGGAAAUAUUACCAAUAUUUAUAGAAAAUAACAUUCCUAAAGAAAAAGAAGAGAAAAAAGAAUUAAAUCAGAAAAUGGAAACCAAAUUCUCCGAUACAAGCAAAGACGUAGAAAAUAAGGAUGAGGCAAAGAAAGAUCUAGAGGCAAAAAAGCCCGAGCCAAAAAGGCCAGCGUAUUCUCAAGCGGCUGCUAAACCGAAGCAGCCUACUGCAGCGACGGCUAAAGUAGAAACUAAAACACCGACUCGACUGAGUAAUUUGACCAGAAGCAAAACGGCUGUAGAUAUGCGACCAUCAGCAGCUCCUAAAACGCAACGCGUGCCUAAACGUAACCAAACUAACAAGUGCAGCUAUCCUUUCAAUUUAACCACGGGUAGGACAAGCCUAUUCGAUACUCCAGCUAGCAAACUAGUACCAAAAAAGCCUAUUAACAGACCCCAAAUGGCAUCCGGUGACGCCAAACUACCACCUAAAGUGGAUGUAAAGAAACGACCUCCCAGACCAACUUCUUUAAAGAUUAAUGACAAAGGUGAUAAAAAAGAAAACAUUAACCCAGCUUUAGAGAAAAUUAAAGACUGUGACGAAUAUAGCAGCUCCGAUACGAUAGUCACUCAGAUCGACAUAUCACGGAUUGAAUCGAGUGAGAGUCUUAAAACUUUAGUACCCGAGGAAGGACAAGAUGUAGCGAACUCGAUUGAAGUGUUAAACGUGAAUAAAAGUGAUAAUGAGGGUUGGCUAACAGUUAAGUCAAAAAGGUUGAAUCGCGAAUCGAAAAAGCAAGGACGAUCUCAUUGGGCCAAUCGCUUCCACCAGCCCUCGGCCACAACAAGUUUGCCCACAUUAAAUAUGAUCGAGUCCCCCAAACAGGAAUCGAAGCCGAUCAUAACACCAAACCCAGACAGGGCCAAGUCCGAACAGCCUCAAAACAAGCCGGAAAAGGUAGUCCAAGUAGUGGCCACUGAGAAAGAGAAAGAAAAAGAGCCGAAGCAGAAAGAUCCGGCAAUGAUUCGUCAGAAAUCUGACGUGACCGGUUUAAAAACACGGUCCAAAGAUGACCCAUUGAAAUCAGAUAAACUCAGCGAAAACGAUGAGAAUGAUUUGACUAAAAACAGGCUGCAUUCCUCUUUAGAAAGUCUGCCCAUCGGUUUAGCACGGUCGCAGGAGAGCACUGAAGACACCUUCGAUUUCGACAAGUGGAAAGAGGAAUUCAAGUUCACUUUCAAAUAUCUUGAUGAAGACGAUCCUAUGUCGGAUGAUAACGAGCUUCUAAGAGCUUGCGAUCCGUCGGAAAUGUCGGAAAUUGCGGAAAUGACGUCACAGAUUGAGGAGAAUGAGAGGAAGAUUAGUCUUGCGUUGGAUUUCCAAUCUGAAGAGGACCAGAGGAAGCUGUGUGAGGAAGAGGAUUUGUUGAAUAGACAGAUCAUGGAGCUGCAGCAAGUUUCUGAUAUAGAUCUGGACACGGAAACUGAUGAUACAGAGACAGACGCGGAGAUUCUCUGCGAGGACCAGUCGGCGACAUCGAGGCAGUCCAAUGAGAACCUGACGUCUCUAGCUGCCAGUCUAGAAGAUCAGUACGAGACUGCAUUAGCUGGAAUGUCCUGGGCGGAGCGGGUCGACACUCUAGUCGUCCUGGAGGCGUUAGUGGCUAGGGAUCCGGGUCGGGCUCAACAACUCCACGCGAAGCUGUCCCAGGGUAUCAAGCGGCGCGGCAGCUUGCAAGACGCUUUGCGAAGACUCCAAGCCAAGCAGGCCAGGGCAGAGAGACAGAGGCUCGAGUAUCAGACGGAGAGGGCUAAAAAGAUCCACCAGCUACUCGCCAGAGUUGAGGAAGUUAAGGUUGCAAAAAACCAACUGAUAGAAGAAAAGAGGCUGAGAAUGGAGAGGCGCUUGGCAAAAGCAGCUGAAAACCGAGACCAACAUUUAAAGGACAUAGUCCGCAAAGCUCACGACGAAGAGGAGAAGCUGCGUGAGAUCGCGUUCAUCAAACAGUUGGAAGCCGAGAACAGGAGGCACGAGUUUCUCGACCAGUGCCGCUCGCAGAACACGCGCCUGCGACAGAUGAGGCGCGAGAGACUCGACAAACUGGAGCUGAAGGCGGCGCGCGAGGCGGCGGUGGGCGCGCGGCGGCAGGCGCUGGAGGCGGCGCGGCGCCUGCGCGUGGCGAGCCUGCUGCAGCGCCGGCGCGAGCGCGACGCGCGCACGCGACAGAUCCGCGAGCGCACGCAGCGCGAGCGACACCACGCCGCCAGGGAGAAGGCGGAAGGCGUGAAGUCGCGCCUAUCAGCGCUGGCGGCGGCGGCAGAGUUGGAAGCCGAUGCGUUGAGAUCACGCAUCCGGGAUAAGCAGGAUGCGAGCCAGCAGAGGCUGGAGUCGCAUCUGCAGGCCAUCAGGGAGAAGGCCACGGGACCUCGACAGCCGACGACAUCGGAGAGUCACGACCAAGCGUCCAAAGAACAGAAAGAGAUAGAAGAGGCGGCACAAAGGAUGGAGCAGGAGAGGAAAGAGCGGGAGAAGCAGAAAGCGAUAAAGAAGAAAGCGAGGAAAGUUAGGCAGAAGUUGCUUGCUUCAAGCAUCGACGUCUUCCCAGUAGAAGACUCACCAGACAUCCAUCCACCCACCAAGUUAAUAAAAGUGCUUAACCAAAUAUCGAAUGCUAUUGCGCCACUCCUCGAAAACGAACCGGAACAACGAGGUAUCAACGGCUUCGAAGCCGAGCUCAAGAAAGAUAGGGAGAAGAAAGAGAAGAAGAAGAAUAACAAGAAGUUAUGUAAAGCUGAGUCGGUGUGCAGUUCGCUCAGUGACAUGAGCAAGGGAAGUGGAAAGAGAAGAAAACCAAGAGCGGUGGCGGAUAUGCCACUUCUGGAGAAGAACUUGAAUGAACUGCAUCGGAUGAUGGAUAGGUUUGAUAAGACGUCGCAGGAUAAGACCGCGUUCCAGAAGGCGCAGGGUCUCCAAGUUUUGGGGCAAUUGUUAGCCGUCGCCUCCGAGAAGGAAGAUUUAGCCGUCCAGUUCAGCACCAAGUCGUUGUGGUCGGCGGUGCAGAUGGUGUCGCGGCUGGCGCCGAGCGCGCCGCGGCUGCUGGCCACGAGUGCGCCGGCGCACCUCGCGCGGAUACUCUCCAACCAGCUCGUGAGUAGCGUUCAUCUAUUUAUUUUUACUAGCGACCCGUCCAGGCUUCACGUCAGAACAUCAGGGCGUCAAACUAUCUCUAUCAAAAAUUUGCUUGCGGUUUCAACUGGGAAAUUAAAAAAUCCGGGAUAA